CUUAGAAUAUCAGAAGACGUAUGUCAGUGCUGUUGGGGUAGCUUCUCUAGCCACGCCGCCGUCCCGGAAGUUUAUGUUGAUAUUGUUGUAACGUACCGCUAGCAAAGGCAGCUAACAUUAGCUAGCUCGGCAUGCUAACAGCAGAGUAUCUAGCUUAAUCGCAGGUUGACUCAGUCUGACAGCAUCGUUGACACUAUUCUGCUGUGAGAUUAUAAAUGCUCAGGCAGAUAUUUAAUCAGAACUGUGGUCGUUGACCCACGAUUACAUCCAAGUUGGCAGAACACGUGAAGUCAGAGACACAGUCCGUGGCUAAGAUUAUGAACGGGGAAAGAUCCAGACCGGACUCCCCCCUAUACGGGUGAUGGCAGCACGUCUGCAGUCAUAUGACAGUAACUCCAGUGACACCGAAAACUGGGAGCGAAAAGCAACGAGCCGACCUCGCAAACUCUGCAAGCAUUCGAGCAGCAGUCAGGCCCGAGCGUCUCGAGUGGAGGCAGAACAGAGGAAGAUGAGCCUGCAUGGUGCCAGUGGGGGCUGUGACCGUUCACGUGACCGCCGCCGCUCCAGCGAUCGCUCCAGGGACUCUUCGCAUGAGAGAGAAGGCCAGCUCACUCCUUGCAUUCGCAACGUCACGUCACCCACCCGCCAACACAACAGUGACCGUGAAAGAGAUGGUGGCCCGUCUUCGAGGCCCAGCAGUCCACGUCCUCAGAGAGUGUCACCCAGCGGCUCCAGCAGCAGCGGGGUGGUGAGCAGUCGGAACAGCAGCUUGUCCAGCACCGAAGGCACCUUCAAAAGCUUGGGAGUCGGAGAAAUGGUAUUUGUCUACGAGAAUCCGAAGGAGGGAGGCGCAAGUGCCACCGUCGGAAACCGAAACAUUAGGACUUCAGAGCGAGUCACUCUGAUUGUCGACAACACGCGCUUUGUAGUCGAUCCUUCCAUCUUCACGGCACAACCCAACACCAUGUUGGGCAGAAUGUUCGGAUCUGGAAGGGAACAUAAUUUCACGCGGCCCAACGAGAAGGGGGAGUACGAGGUGGCUGAGGGCAUUAGCUCAACAGUAUUCAGAGCAAUUCUGGAUUACUACAAAUCUGGGAUAAUCCGAUGUCCUGAUGGAAUCUCUAUCCCUGAGUUGCGGGAGGCAUGUGACUAUCUAUGCAUCUCCUUCGACUACAGCACCAUCAAAUGCAGAGACCUCAGUGCCCUGAUGCACGAGCUGUCCAAUGACGGCGCUCGGCGUCAGUUCGAGUUUUACCUUGAGGAGAUGGUUCUACCUUUGAUGGUGGCGAGCGCUCAGAGUGGAGAGAGGGAAUGUCACAUUGUAGUCCUUACUGAUGACGAUGUUGUGGACUGGGAUGAAGAAUAUCCUCCACAGAUGGGAGAAGAGUAUUCACAGAUCAUUUACAGCACAAAACUGUACAGAUUUUUCAAGUAUAUUGAGAACCGAGAUGUUGCCAAAUCAGUUUUAAAAGAGAGAGGAUUGAAGAAGAUCCGACUGGGCAUCGAAGGUUACCCCACAUAUAAGGAGAAAGUCAAAAAGCGACCAGGAGGUCGUCCGGAGGUCAUUUAUAACUACGUCCAGAGGCCCUUCAUCCGCAUGUCCUGGGAAAAGGAGGAGGGCAAAAGCCGCCAUGUGGACUUCCAGUGUGUUAAAUCCAAGUCCAUCACCAACCUGGCGGCAGCGGCAGCAGACAUCCCCCAAGACCAGCUGGUGGUGAUGCACCCUGGCCCCCAAGUUGAUGAACUGGACAUCCUCCCUAAUCACCCACCCAGUGGGAAUCACUACAGCAACAACUACAGCAAUGACCCUGAUCCUGAUGCACCUUCACCUGCUGUCUGAGGACACCGGUCCUCUUUCAAUGCCUCUGCCCCUCUCCUACUCUUCUAGUCCUCCUCCCAGCAUGCUGCAGCAUGGAGCGCCAGGGGCACCAUUACCAUAUUGCCUUGACACCUCCUUUGCAGCCUUAGAGCCUCAAGAACCUGGUUGACUGUAGAAAAAAGAAACACGAGGAACACAAGACUGGUGAAAGGAAGAGUUCACUAUUGUUUUCAUUUUGUUUUUUACUUGACCAAAGGAAUUUAUUUUUGUUUGGAAAAAAAAAAAAGAUCAGUAAAACACAAUAGUAUUAACAUUAUUAUUAUUAUUAUUAUUAUUAUUUACGAUGUUGUUGUACCUUAAUUUGAUGGGUUUGGCCGAGCACUCUUGUGGUGUCACUGUUUUCUCACAGAUUUUAUUUCACUGAUAAUUUCGAUUGAUUUUGAUCUCCCGGGUGGCCUAACUGCUAAAUGUGCUUUGGUGGGAAGAACACAAAGACUCGCUGUGGAGAAAAUACGACUUUCUGGUUAAUGGAGAGAAUCAGUUAUCACCACUUAGUGUCAUGAUCUCCAGUUGAACUCCUCUCAGAUGUCUUUGAAUCUUGUAACGGGAUAUGUAGUCAUUGGCUGGAUCUGAUAUGUGAUGUUAUGCUUCUCCCGCAGCCGAGAUAUUCAGCAGAGCACAGGCUGUCGCGGUCAGAAUCUUUUCGUGCAAAGCUUGAAAAUUGUUGUUUAAAAAUAAAACAUAAAAUCAUGAAAUAAAGACAAAAAUAAACA